UUGUUUAGUUGUCUGUGCUGAAAAAAGGAAGAGAUAUGAAUUCCACGUGAAAAUGACAAUAGAAGAGGGUUAAGUGUUGUAGAAAUUUUCUUUAAAUUAAACGCUUGAACCAGUUUUAAAAAUUUGAUAGAUAUGGUUGCAAAACGAAAGAAAAAGUAUUCUACUGGCGAGGGGGCCCAGUUUCUGACUCGCAAAGCUGCUUUAAAAAAACUACAACUCUCUUUAAAUGAUUUCCGAAGACUAUGUAUAUUGAAAGGUAUAUACCCUAGAGAGCCUAGAAACAGAAAACGAGCUCAGAAGGGGCAUACUGGAAUAAAGACAUUAUACCAUGUAAAAGAUAUACAGUUCUUACUACACGAGCCAAUAAUUUGGAGACUACGAGAUUACAAAAUAUUCAAUAAGAAAGUGGGUCGAGCCAGGGCGUUGAGGGAUUUUGAAAAGUUACACAAAUAUUUAAACAAUCAUCCUACUCUAAAGCUAGACCAUAUUGUGAAGGAAAGAUACCCUUCCUUUAUAGAUGCUUUGCGCGACCUUGACGAUUGUUUGACACUUUGCUUUUUAUUCAGCACAUUUCCCUCCUUGGCUCAUGUACCAAGAGAUCAGUCAUCUUUAUGUCGAAGGCUAACUUUGGAAUUUUUGCAUGCAGUUAUUGAAGCUAAGGCACUAAGAAAGGUUUUCAUAUCAAUUAAAGGUUAUUACUAUCAAGCAGAUAUUAAGGGUCAAACUGUAACAUGGAUAGUGCCCCAUCACUUCGCAUUUGAACCACAGCAGAAAUCUGAAGUUGAUUUUAAAAUAAUGGCUACGUUUGUUGAGUUUUACACAGUAAUGUUGGGAUUUGUGAAUUAUAGGUUAUACCAUACCUUGAACUUAUAUUACCCACCAAAGUUUUCAAGUGGCAACAUCUUGGAUAAUGAAAAAAUAUUAGUAGAUGAAGAUUCAUUUGUGGCAGAGAGAGUUGCCGCUUUAAAUUUUUCUCUUUCCAAAUCCGUAAGUGAAGUAGCCGAAGACGAAAUAGAAAUCGAUAACUUCAGUAUUGAUGAUGCUGAUGAAAAAAUUGCAGAAAUAAAGUUGGAAGCUGAAAAAAUAAAACAUCUUAAAAUUUUGUUUAAAGGGUUAAAGUUUUUCUUGAAUCGGGAAGUACCAAGAGAACCUUUAGUGUUUAUAAUAAGGUGUUUUGGAGGAGAAGUGUCUUGGGAUAAAAGUCUUUUUGUGGGAUCCACCUUUGAUGAAAAUGAUGAAAGCAUAACUCAUCAAAUUGUAGAUAGACCUUCAAUGUCCAAUCAAUAUAUAUCCAGAUAUUAUAUUCAGCCCCAAUGGAUUUUUGAUUGUGUAAAUGCUAGAGAAAUUCUUCCUGUCAACAGGUAUUUUAUAGGUGAAAUUCUACCUCCACAUUUGUCUCCAUUUAUUGACAAAGAAAGGGACCAACAGUACAUUCCUCCAGAAGAAAAAGCUUUAUAUGAUCCAUCACUCCUGGAAGAGCAACAUAAAAAAGAUAAAGAAAUUGCAAACAGUGAAGAGUAUGACAGCGUUGAUAGUGAUGAGGAGGCGCAACUAUAUCUAAAAAGCAAAGAUGAUAAUACCAAGGCAAAAGAUGAUGAAUUAGAGUCUGCAGAUGAAGAUCAGCACAACCACUCAAAGAAGAAACCUAAGCUUUCAGUAUCCACUGGUAAAAUAGAUAAAGAGGUGGCAUGGGAAAAAAGCCGCCAAGAAAGGCAAGAAUAUCGUCUAAGAGAAAAAAUGGUAAAAAAGAAACACAAAAAACUUUACAAGAGCAUGAUGGAAGGUAAAAAGCAGAGGGCUAAGGAGAUAUGGUUAUUAAGGAAGAAAAGAAGAUUGCAUGAUGAGAAACAAUCCAUAAUUCAAAGAAAAAAAACUAAAGCAGAUGUAGAAACUAAAAACAAAAAGUGAUUUUGUUUUUGUUAAAAGUAUGUGACUAUUUUGUAAUAAAAAUACUUUUUCUUUGGUCCAUCUA